AUGAUAUUUGCAUCGUCUUUCGGUGCUGUAGUGCACAUGGUCGGCUUACUGUAUAUUCAAGCUCCAUACCUAUUAUAUAUCCUCGCUGUUCGUCCUCUUGAUGGUCAUCAAGAAAAUCUCGUUGAAUGAGUUAAUGAAAUUUUCUUCACUUUGACUGCUGUUUUCUUGGCAUUCUGCAACACAGAGGCAGCAUGGAGUAGAGGACUAGAAGUUGUUUUUAUGAACUACCUACUCGCUCACAGUAUAAUCAUUGUUUUAAUAUCCAUUACUGGACUAGUUGUUUUAUUGGCCCGCUGGAUCUGAAAGAAGCUGAAAGGUCGUAAGGACACUGAUGAUGAAGCGCCACCUUUACAAGUACCAAUAGUAUUUGACCUAUAGAGCAUCCAAAUAAUAAGCCAAGACUCUGAGAUAGAGCCACAGAGAAAUCCUGAAAAUCCUUUCAAUAGAGAGGCUCUGU